AUGGAAGAAAAUAAAGUGCAUUUUAGGCAUUUAAUGCUUUUCUAUUAUCGGAAAGGUACGAAUGCUACACAACCGGCUAAUAAGAUAUGUGCUGUUUAUGGCGAAGGUGCUGUAGCUGAAAGAAUGGCACGGAAGUGGUUUGCAAAAUUUAAAGAUGGUAACUUUAACCUUGAAGACGAAGUGCGCUCGGGUAGGCCCUCCACCACAGAUAAAGAUCAAAUCAAAACAUUGGUUGAGAAUAAUCCUCACUAUACAACACGUAAUCUCGCAGAAAUGUUAAAUUUGUCAAAAUCCACCAUCCAUGAGCACGUUUUGAAAGCUUGGAUACAUAAACUGUUUCGACGUAUGGGUGCCCCAUGA